AUGUGGGUGUUUGAUCAUGCAUGGAAUGUUAUUGCUGAGGGGAUGAGGAAUGAUGGGUUGUACGAGAUGAAGCUGAAUGAGAAAGUCUUGGCUGCUGAGAAGGCUACCUACCAGCCACCACCGAAGGAGGGAGUGAUGGCGAGGGAGGAGUUGAAGGCGAAGCUAAAAGGAGUACUGGUAGAGGAGCUACAGGUGGAAGCUGUUGCAAUGGUGGCAACAGCUGCAAAAGUGGAUCUAGAGACCUUGCAUAGGCGUCUAGGACAUGCGGGGAUGGAGCGGAUUAAGGAGCUCGUGAAGAAGGGCAUGGCAGCUGGUGUGGAGCUGAAGGAAGGAGAUGGGAGUAAAGGGAGAUUGCCUACCAAAGGCCUUGCAGCAGAUACUACUCCGCAUGAGGCUUUCUAUGGGAGGAAGCCGAACAUGGGGUUUGUGAGGGUGUGGGGCUGCAUGGCUCAGUAUAGGGAGCCAGCUGGACCGGACCACAAGCUCCUACCAAGGAGCAAGUGGGGAAUCAACCUUGGGAUGUGCAAGGUGAGCAAGGGCUGGGUGAUAAAGGAUGUGGAGACGGGGAAGAUGGUUGUGACGAGGGAUGUGAUUUUCUACGAGAACGUCAACUAUCUACAGUGGAAGGGAGUGAACAAGGAGAUAGCAAUGGGAGCGGCAGCCGUGCUUGAUAAGGUGGAGAAGCUGCUAGAGGAGAAGGAGAUUGAGGGGAUAGGAAGUGAUGAUGACGCGAUAGGAGAUGACGUGGAGCAACCAGCAGAUGGAGUUCUUUGGGCAUUGGAUUCACAGGACAAGAGGGUUGUAGAGGAGGCAGCAGUAAUGGAGAAAGAUGGGCAUCAGGAAGUAGAGCAUGGAGAGACGGGUGCUGAGGAGGAAGAUCAAUGUGUGGAGCUUGGGGACAGCAGUGAAGGGUCAGCAAAGGGUGAUGAGCAUGAUCCGUGGAAGCUGAUUGAGAGUGAUUCUAGCAGUGAAGCUGCUAAGGAGAUUGAUGAGCUGCUGGAGGAUGGAGCCAUGGGUUACACCAAGGAGAUUACUACACCACUCAGCGGCAUGGCAACCAAUGAUACCGAGCAGGAAGAGGAUGUGAAGCAAUGGGGAGGAGAAAAGAAGGCGCUGCAGAUGUACCAGUCGAUGGUGGGAUCGGUGAUGUAUCCGGUCUCAUGCACAAAGGUCGACAUGGCGUAUGCGGCGAGCUAUUUGGGGCAGCAUGUGCAGCAGGGAAGGAAAUGGAGGGAGAUGAAGCGAGCACUUAGUUACUUGGUGCAGCAUGAAGACGAGGGUCUUCUCUUUGAGGGAGGGGAGGAGACUUUGCAGCUGGUGGGGUAA